GCAGAGCAAACAACUCCCACAAAAACCUACCUAUUCCUAGGAAUAGGAUUAUUCUGUGUCUGUAGGAAGGAAAGUGAGUGGGUCCCUUUUCUAUUUUUAAUCAAAACAACUCCCAUCGCCAUCAUAUACUCUCUGACGUAUCAGUCUCAAACACCUCGUUCCCUCUCGACGCUUGAAAUCUGCAUUUGUCAAUCCCACCGGGUUUGUGAAUCUUGGGUCUUUGGGUUCAGAUUUUUUUUUUUCCUGGUGGGGCUUUUGAGUGGUAAUGGGGAGUGUCAGUGAAGAGAAGCUGAGGUUUUGUAUUGACAGAGGGGGCACUUUCACCGAUGUUUAUGCGGAGAUUCCUGGUCACCCCGAUGGUCGGGUUCUCAAACUUUUAUCCGUUGACCCAUCGAAUUAUGACGAUGCUCCAAUUGAAGGAAUCAGGAGAAUUCUUGAAGAAUAUACAGGAGAGAAAAUCCCCCGAACUGCCAAAAUUCCAACUGAUAAAAUUGAGUGGAUAAGGAUGGGAACAACUGUGGCAACCAAUGCCCUUUUGGAAAGAAAAGGGGAGAGGAUUGCUUUGUGUGUUACUCGAGGUUUCAAGGAUUUGUUACAGAUUGGUGACCAGUCUCGUCCCAAUAUCUUUGACCUUACUGCAACUAAAUCAUCCAAUCUUUACGAGGAAGUUGUUGAAGUUGAUGAGAGGAUUGAGCUAGUUCUUGAACAGGACAAAGGGAAUAAGGACAAUUCAAAGUCGUUUCUUAAAGGGGUUUCUGGUGAGCUUGUCAGGGUUGUCAAGUGUCUAGAUGAAGAAGCUUUGAAGCCUUUAUUGAAGGGAUUGUUGGAGAAAGGCAUUAGUUGUUUGGCUGUUGUGCUUAUGCAUUCCUACACAUACCCAUAUCAUGAAAUGGCCGUGGAGAAGUUGGCUAUGAACUUGGGUUUUAGACAUGUUUCUUUGUCUUCGGCUUUGACUCCCAUGGUUCGUGCUGUUCCUCGGGGUUUAACAGCCAGUGUGGAUGCUUAUCUGACCCCGGUUGUGAAAGAGUAUUUAGCAGGGUUUAUAUCUAGAUUUGAUGAAGGCCUUGGGAAAGUGAAUGUUUUAUUUAUGCAGUCAGAUGGAGGGCUUGCACCAGAAAGUAGAUUUUCAGGGCACAAGGCUGUUUUGUCUGGCCCUGCUGGGGGGGUUGUUGGCUACUCACAGACUCUUUUUGGUCUUGAAACAGAGAAGCCUUUGAUUGGAUUUGACAUGGGUGGUACAUCAACAGAUGUGAGCCGUUAUGCUGGAAGUUAUGAACAAGUCCUAGAAACUAAAAUUGCUGGUGCAAUAAUACAAGCACCUCAGCUUGACAUAAACACUGUUGCUGCUGGUGGAGGAUCAAAGUUAAAGUUCCAAUUUGGGGCUUUCCGGGUUGGACCAGAGUCAGUAGGAGCUCAUCCUGGUCCUGUGUGCUACCGCAAAGGUGGAGAAUUGGCAGUCACCGAUGCAAACCUGGUUCUUGGGUAUGUUAUUCCUGAUUAUUUCCCAGCCAUCUUCGGCCCAAAUGAAGAUCAGCCUUUAGAUGUCCAAGCAACCAAGGAAGAAUUCAAGAAGCUUGCAGAGAAAAUAAAUUCUUACAGGAAGAGCCAAGAUUCAUCUGCAAAGGACAUGACAGUGGAGGAAAUUGCACUUGGGUUUGUGAAUGUUGCCAAUGAGACAAUGUGCCGCCCCAUACGGCAGUUAACUGAGAUGAAGGGCCAUGAAACGAGGAACCAUGCACUUGCUUGCUUUGGGGGUGCUGGGCCACAGCAUGCCUGUGCCAUAUCUAGGUCACUGGGUAUGACAGCAGUACUUAUUCACCGGUUUUGUGGAAUCUUAAGUGCAUAUGGAAUGGGAUUGGCAGAUGUUGUUGAAGAGGCACAAGAGCCCUAUGCUGCUGUUUAUGGUCCUGAAUCUGUUCUGGAGGCCUCUCGUCGAGAAGCUAUAUUGUUGAAGCAUGUAAAGCAGAAGCUGCUAGAGCAAGGGUUCAGAGGGGAAAAUAUAAAGACUGAGACAUACCUAAAUUUGAGGUAUGAAGGUACAGAUACAGCAAUCAUGGUAAAGGGACAUAUUGCUGAAGAUGGAUCUGGAUGUGACUAUGCUGAUGAAUUUGUGAAGCUUUUUCAGCAGGAGUAUGGAUUUAAGCUACAUAAUAGAAAUAUCCUUGUAUGUGAUGUCAGAGUUCGUGGGAUAGGAGUUGCUAAUAUAUUGAAACCACGGGCCCUAGAACGUGCUUCUGGUUCCCCUAAAAUUGAAGGCCGCUACAAGGUCUUUUUUGGGAAUGGGUGGCAUGAUACACCACUGUUCAAGCUUGAUAAUCUGGGAUAUGGUCAUGUCAUACCUGGCCCUGCAAUCAUUAUGAAUGGGAGUAGUACAGUGAUCGUAGAACCAAAAUGUAAUGCUAUUAUAACCAAAUAUGGAAACAUUAAAAUUGAAAUUGAGUCUAUUCUAAACACUGUGAAAGUUGCUGAGAAGGUUGCAGAUGUUGUGCAACUUUCAAUCUUCAAUCACAGAUUUAUGGGAAUUGCUGAACAGAUGGGACGAACCCUGCAGCGGACUUCUAUCUCAACAAAUAUCAAGGAAAGGCUAGACUUCUCUUGUGCUCUAUUUGGUCCAGAUGGGGGACUAGUUGCUAAUGCUCCACAUGUUCCUGUGCAUCUGGGCGCUAUGUCCAGUACAGUUCGUUGGCAGCUUGAAUACUGGGGUGGCAAUUUGAACGAAGGAGAUGUUCUUGUCACCAAUCAUCCUUGCGCUGGAGGUAGCCACCUUCCUGAUAUAACUGUGAUAACACCUGUUUUUGAUAAUGGGAAACUAGUGUUUUUUGUGGCAAGUAGAGGACAUCAUGCAGAGAUCGGGGGUGUUACACCUGGAAGCAUGCCUCCUUUUUCCAAGUGUAUAUGGGAAGAAGGGGCUGCAAUAAAAGCAUUUAAACUUGUGGAAAAGGGGAUUUUCCAAGAAGAAGGAAUAGUCAAGCUUCUUGAGUUUCCAGGUGCUGAUGAAUCUACUCAAAAAAUCCCAGGAACACGGCAACUUCAAGAUAACCUAUCAGAUCUUAGAGCACAAGUAGCUGCUAAUCAGAGGGGAAUCACUCUAAUCAAAGAACUUAUUGAGCAGUAUGGUUUAGAAACUGUUCAGGCUUACAUGACGUAUGUGCAGCUUAAUGCAGAAGAAGCAGUGAGAGAAAUGCUCAAGUCAGUUGCUGCAAGAAUUUCAUCAGAGUCAACUACAUUGGGCGAGAGAAACUUCCUUAUGAUAGAAGAAGAGGAUUGCAUGGAUGACGGGUCUGUCAUCCAUUUAAAACUCACAAUUGAUUCUAACAAAGGGGAAGCACGUUUUGAUUUUAGUGGAACUAGCCCUGAGGUUUAUGGUAACUGGAAUGCUCCAGAGGCAGUCACUGCUGCAGCAGUCAUAUACUGCCUCCGUUGUCUGGUGGAUGUUGACAUUCCUCUUAAUCAAGGUUGUCUGGCUCCAGUUAAAAUCCAUGUACCAGAAGGCUCAUUCCUCUCUCCAAGUGAUAAAGCUGCUGUAGUGGGAGGCAACGUUCUCACUUCUCAGAGAAUAACUGAUGUAGUGUUGACUGCAUUUCAGGCCUGUGCUUGUUCUCAGGGAUGUAUGAAUAAUCUGACCUUUGGGGACAAUACUUUUGGUUAUUACGAAACAAUCGGGGGAGGGAGUGGGGCUGGUCCGAGCUGGGAUGGGACAAGUGGCGUCCAGUGCCACAUGACCAACACUCGAAUGACAGAUCCAGAAAUUUUCGAGCAGAGAUAUCCAGUAUUAUUGCACAGGUUUGGACUAAGAGAGAAUAGUGGAGGAGCAGGAAUUCACAAAGGGGGUGAUGGACUUGUGAGGGAAAUAGAGUUUAGGCGCGCAGUAGUGGUUAGCAUUCUAUCAGAGAGGCGUGUACAUGCGCCUAGAGGGUUGAAAGGGGGUGCAAAUGGGGCCCGAGGGGCCAACUACCUUAUAACCAAAGAUGAACGAAGAAUCUACCUUGGGGGUAAGAACACAGUGGAGGUGCAGGCCGGUGAGAUACUUGAGAUUUUAACACCUGGUGGUGGUGGAUGGGGCUCUUCUCUUUGAUUAUUUUGUGUCCAGAAAGUUGAAUUUGCUGUUGUAAUGUCGAAUGUUGACAACCAGAAGAAUAAAUUAUAAAAUAACAGAGUUGGUGAUUAAAGAAA